AUGGACUUCCAGUGCAAUCUCAGGACAGUUGGCGAAGGUGGGCCGCAGAAGCCAUCUACGUCGGGUGAGGGCGUCUACAGUGCACAGACCGGAGGCAAUCUUGGAGAGCGUGAUGUUGGUCAAGUGGACAGUCAUAAGUCUGUUCAGGAGCCGUCCGGUGUCGACUUUCAGGCCGGAGGAACUUCGUUUGCUCAGAAUGCGGACGGGCAGAACCGGUCUAAGGUCGUGGGUGACGAGGACGCCAUGGUGGGACAUCUGCAUCUACUUGUGCAGGGCAUGAGGCAGCUGCAGCAGCUGCAAAUCUCGAAGAAGGAUGCGUCAGAGACUGAGACGAUGAAGGGCAACAUCGAGUUGCCACCCAUGCCAGAGCCUGGAGACGCGGCGGUGGAAUUCAACGACUGGCUCUAUGUGGCGGAACAGAUGCUUGGCGCUCUCACAGACAGCGCGAGCACGUGGCUUAGCGAAAGCCUUCGGUGCGCCAGGGAAGCCUACGACCACUACCAGAGAGCAUCAGCAAUGGACCGGCUCACCAUCGUGCCGGUGCUCACUGCCACGCUCAAGGACAAGAAGUGGUACAGACUGGAGCGGAGGGUUUUGACACUUUUGCUCAGUGCUAUGCCCAGGAGCGUGAAGGAGGACACGAUUACCCACAGGGUGGAGAAUGUGACGUCGGUCCUCUACAGGCUGCAUGUCCUUUAUCAGCCAGGUGGGACGGCUGAACGAACGGCCAUCCUUGGCCACCUCAGCGGUACCAGCGGCACCGAGGACCCAACAGAGGUGGUGGCGAAGCUUCGCAAAUGGAGGCGAUACCUGGCAAGGGCGGAUGAAAUGGGAAUCGCGGCUCCGGACGCUAGCAUAUUGCUUAAGGGGCUUGAUCUUACUCUUCAGAAGGUCCUUGAGAAGUUCCCGGAGGUGAAAUUCAGGCUGGAUCUGGCCCGGAACGAUUUGAGAUUGUCGUCGGCACCGACCCAGGAGGCAGUCCUCAAGUACUACCAGCACUCCCUCGCCGAACUCCAACAAGUCGCACCAUCCCCCAAACGUCAAGCUGAAACUACGAAGUUGAAGGGUGCGGCUACAACAACAGGAGCAGGUGCUGGACUUGUGGCGCAACCAACCACAGGCAAUCUGAGUGUCCUACUACUGGUGGUGGUGGAGGAGGAAAAGGCCCAGUCCGUGGACCCAGAGCAGCGAAGUACUAUGAGCGCAACAGACAACAAAGACAACAAUGGAGCAACGGCAUCGACUACCAGCGGAACAUCAACUACUACUAAUGAUGAAGCUUCGGCCCAUCGAGAGGAGAUGAGGCAGCUGUUACAGGAGGCCAACUCGAUGCUAAGCAAGAUCAAGUUAAUGGGCAUGAAAGUUGAUGGCGUGGAUUCGGCACGAGAGGACCUGGAGCUCUUCUUCCUUGCGGCAGGGGCGACUGAUGAGAGGAUGGCCCUAUUGGACAGCGGCGCCUCACAUCCCUUUCGGCAAGCUGUCAGUGAACUUGAACUACAACAAGCGAAGGACGUGUCAGUCGAACUUGCCGACGGCCAGAAGGUGGACCUCCUUCAGACCCGUACUGGGACGCUUCUCAACGAUCGUGCCCUGGACCAAUCGCCGAUUGUUCCGUUGGGCAGCCUGGUACAACAGCUGGGCUGUACGGUGAAUUGGUCCCGACGACAAGGCCUUAGGGUCAAUCACCCCGUUCACGGGGACAUUGCCGUGAGGAUGCGCGGCAACUGCCCGAUGAUUGAUGAGCUGGAGGCGUUGAAGCUCAUUUCCGAGAUCGAGGAGAAGAAUCUGGCUCAACUUCGCGAAGCCACGGCAAAGGGACUUUGGAGCCAACUAUCACCUACCAGUUCGACAUGGGAGAACAACCUCGACAACUACGUGGCGACUGGAGAAAGGUCACAAGCUCUAUCGGCCUUGAUGGACCCAAAUUUCCCUCUGAUGCUGGGUACGGCUACCGAUAGGUUCUCGUUUGUGGGCCCCACGGAUUUGGACCUGAGCGACGAUGCCGGCAUCAACUACCUGAAGGCUCUUCCCGUGAACCGAAAAACCAGGCGCCGACUACAUCAAACAAGAUGGAUAGUCCACCUUUACGAUGGCAAGAACCAAGAGACGGCCACCUACUUGAGACGGUUGGAGUCUGAGACAACUACGGUGCUGGAGAUUGACUUGCAGCGCUCAAAGAUCUUCAACAUGAAGGGCUGGAGCAAUGUAAUCCGAGCCCUCCUGUGGGCAGCCUGUCGAGGCCAGGUGGAGGGAGUGAUCGGAGGACCCCCCCGUGAUGAUCAGGAAGAGCUGAAAAAGAAGUUGAUGUACCUGUGGAUGGUUGCUGAGCAAGGGGCCAAGAAGGACGGUCUACGCAAGCCUUUUCUGUUUAUGGAGCUCCCCGAGAACCACAGCUGGUGGGCAGCAGAACCCUGGAAGAAGCUUAAGGAUGAGUACCAGCUGUUCAACGUCAAGGUUGGCCAGGGUGACGACAAAGGGUUCUAUGGGGCCACCAACAUGUGCUUCUCCGGAAGUAAACCGUCCAGCAACAGAUCGCCUUCGCAAUGGACCGAGGCCCUGGUGAGUGAGAUCAAGGAAGCAGCGGAGCAAUGGUUCAAGCACCCGGACCAGUUGAGGAUGGCACAGCUGUUGUGCGCAAUGAAUGGCAGUUUGGGCGAAAUGAGUGAGGCCGAGUUGAAGAAAUGGGCCAAACAUGUCCGAAAUGGCCACGUGCCAUUCGACAAACGUUGCCGAACGUGCGUGUUCAACUCGGGCACCGGACGACCCCACCGACGCGUACUCAACCCGUCUGCCUUCACUCUUGGCGUGGACAUUGCAGGACCCCUCCGUACCAGGGGUGUGGAUGCUGAUGGCAAGUACCGCUACGCCUUGAUCGGCUCUUAUUGUUUGCCAAAGGUUGAGGGUUACAAAGACAUUGACAUACCCGAAGAACUAGAAGAUGAUGGUGCCGGUAUUGGCGAAGUUCUGGACGAUGAGAGGAACUUCCUUGAGGAGGAGGAGACUAUGGAUCCUCCCAACUCCACCGAAGACCAGCACGAUUUGGACCGCAGGAACGAGGACUACAAGAAGUUCUACAAGGAGGUGUACAAAGAAGUUGGCGACUCGAUGGAGUAUCAAAGCCUCCUCUAUGUGAUUCCCCUCAAGUCCAGGCUAAAAACGGAUGUGAACACGGCUAUGAGGAAGUUAUACCUGAACCUACGACAAGAAGGGCAUCCAGUUGUCCGCGUCCACUCCGACCGUGCCCGAGAGCUGAAGUCUGCGUCCCUUCGACAAUGGUUGUAUGAAAAGGACAUAUGGGUCACCACCGGUGAGUCGCAAGCCCCACAACAAAAUGGACGCGCCGAAGCGGCCGUGAAGCUAUUGAAGCGAUAUGCGAAAGUCCUACUCGAUGCCAGUGGCCUACCACGAGAAUGUUGGCCUUUGGCAAUGUCCUACGCGGCGCACCGACAGCGACAACGAGCUCUUGGGCAACCUUGCAACGACCCCCCCUUUGGAGCCAAGGUCGCUGUGAAGUCGAAGGUUUUCGGUACUGGUGGGUCCUAUGACCUGGAUCCGAGAUGGCGUGAGGGCAAGUUUGUUGGUCGCAGCUCUGAUGUGACUAACGGAUUGGUCGUCAGGUAUGAAGACGGGAGCUUCGUGACGAGCUGCCAUGUGAGACCAGGUUUGGUGGACGCAGAUGCUAUUGUGGAGCCAGAACCAGUUGAAGUGGAGUUACCCGCUCCCAGCAGAAGGCUCAGGGAGAAGGUUCGAUUAGCAGCCUUCCAGGACCGCUAUGAAGAGGUUGAGAACUAUGCCCGGGAGAUGAUGGCAGCAGAAGCGUACCGGGAGGAGGAUGUGUUGAACCUGUGGACAAUGCUGAAGGAGCUGCCGAGACCGAGAAGAAGAGGUUUGAAAAUGGCAGACAUCGGGGAGAGGGCGGAGUCCUUUUACACCGGCAGCUAUGUUCAUGGAGGAGUUUGUGGGGUCAUGAAGAUGACACGGAGGUUGCCGAGCACUACAAUGUACUUGGUGAGGGCGGCAAAGGAGCUCACGGGCAUCAACGAGUUUGGUUGCGUGGCUAUUGUGGAGAAU